UGCUGAGUGAGGUGCGCACCAUCUCACUAUCAGAGACAGGGGCGGAACGCAGCAAGAGGAGAGAGAGGAAAAGAUACAGCGAACACACAGAAGCAUCAUGGCACCGAUUGGAUUAAAGGCGGUCGUUGGCGAAAAGAUUAUGAAUGAUGUCAUCAAGAAGAUAAAGAAGAAGGGAGAGUGGAAGGCUCUGAUUGUGGACCAGCUCAGCAUGAGGAUGCUGUCGUCCUGCUGCAAAAUGACUGAUAUCAUGACAGAGGGCAUCACCAUUGUUGAAGACAUCAACAAACGCAGAGAGCCUCUACCCUCACUGGAGGCUAUUUACCUGAUCACUCCUACGGAUAAGUCCGUGCAGACUCUUAUCAAUGACUUCAAAGAUCCCCAUUCUGCGAAAUAUAAAGGGGCUCAUGUGUUCUUUACUGACUCUUGCCCGGAUCCCUUGUUUAAUGAAGUGGUGAAGAGCCGGGCAUCCAAAACCAUCAAAACCCUGACUGAGAUCAACAUUGCUUUCCUGCCGUAUGAGUCCCAGGUGUUUUCUUUGGACAACCCUGACGCCUUUCAGAGCUUCUACAGUCCUCAUAAGACACAGCUGAAGAACCCUGUGAUGGAGCGACUGGCCGAGCAGCUGGCCACUCUCUGUGCCACGCUGAAGGAGUAUCCUGCUGUACGAUACCGAGGGGAGUAUAAAGAUAAUGCCACUCUGGCUCAGCUGCUUCAAGACAAACUGGACGCCUAUAAGGCCGAUGAUCCCACAAUGGGAGAGGGUCCGGACAAGGCCAGGUCUCAGCUUAUCAUUCUGGACCGAGGUUUCGACCCUGCCUCUCCCGUCCUGCAUGAGCUCACUUUCCAAGCUAUGGCUUACGACCUGCUGCCCAUCGAGAAUGAUGUGUACAAGUAUGAUUCCGGCGGAAUGGGUGACUCUCGUGAGAAGGAAGUCCUGCUGCAUGAAGAUGAUGACCUCUGGGUGGGACUACGACACAAACAUAUCGCUGAGGUCUCUCAGGAGGUCACACGAUCCCUGAAGGAGUUCUCUGCCAGUAAACGGAUGAACACUGGGGAGAAGACCACCAUGAGGGACCUGUCUCAAAUGCUCAAGAAGAUGCCACAAUACCAGAAAGAGCUCAGCAAGUACUCGACCCACCUGCAGCUGGCUGAAGACUGCAUGAAGCACUACCAGGGAACCGUGGACAAGCUGUGCCGUGUAGAGCAGGAUCUUGCUAUGGGAACUGACGCAGAGGGUGAAAAGAUCAAAGAUCCCAUGAGGGCGAUCGUGCCCAUCUUGCUGGAUGCCAACGUCAGCACCUACGACAAGAUCCGCAUCAUCCUGCUCUACAUUUUCCUUAAAAACGGAAUCACAGAGGAGAACCUUAACAAGCUGAUCCAGCAUGCCCAGAUCCCUCCUGAGGACAGUGAGAUCAUCACCAAUAUGGCUAACCUGGGCAUCCCAAUCAUCACUGAUUCCACUCUCCGCAGGGGCAAAAAGCUCGACCGUAAGGAGCGUGUGAGCGAGCAGACCUACCAGCUCUCUCGCUGGACCCCACUGAUCAAGGAUAUCAUGGAGGAUGCUAUUGAGGAUAAACUGGACACCAAACACUAUCCGUACAUCUCAACACGCCCAUCCUCUUCCUUCAACACCUCGGCAGUCAGUGCCCGAUAUGGCCACUGGCACAAGAAUAAAACCCCUGGAGAGUACCGCACGGGCCCUCGUGUCAUGGUGUUCAUCAUUGGGGGCGCGUCCUUUAGCGAGAUGCGCUGUGCUUAUGAGGUCACACAGGCCAAUGGCAAAUGGGAGGCCAUCGUUGGUUCAACUCACUUGCUCACCCCAACCAAAUUUCUAAUGGACCUGCGACACCCCGACUUCCGAGAAUCCACUAGGGUGUCCUUUGAGGACCCUGACCCCUCAGACGAGUGAGAGGGAGAGAGAGAAACAGGGAAGGGAGGGAGACAGAGAUCACACUCUGACAAAGUUCAACCCAUAUUGUCUCCCCCACGGCGCUCCUUGACGCUCUCAAGGCCAUGAACAAACCCGACGAGGAGCAGACAAGCUAAAAAAACUUCCUCACCCCAACCCCACGUCUCAGUUACCCUUACUUCACCCA